CGAAUAAGUUAAAUAAACCUUUCUGAAAAAUAUGGAGAAUGAUGAUUUAUUUUUCAUUAAGAAAACAUCGGGAAAAAUAUUGCGUAAACUAUAAACGUACUUUUGGUGAUAAGAGAAAGGGGUAUAUUCAAAUUAGCUAGCUCUCCCGGAUGAACAUGUGCUCAUGGGUAGUUCAAUAUGGCGGCCUCCAGGAGCUUAGAGAUGAAAGAAUUACGCUUUCAUGAAAUGGGCUUAGAUGACCGUAUUUUAAAGGCUAUUGCCAAGUUGGGAUGGUCUAAACCCACCCUCAUCCAAGAAAGAGCCAUUCCAUUGGCUUUGGAGGGGAAAGAUCUGCUCGCAAGAGCACGAACAGGUUCCGGAAAGACGGCAGCCUACGCGAUACCAGUCAUACAGAGAAUACUCUCCAGUAAGCAGACAGCAAGGGAGCAGGCGGUGCGCGCCGUCGUCAUGGUUCCAUCUAGAGAGCUGUGCAGUCAGGCUCACAAGAACAUCCUGGAGUUGACUAGCUGCUGCUCUAGGGAAGUCAAGUGCGCUGAUGUGUCAGCACAGGUAGACCUGGCUGCUCAAAGGCCGUUACUCAUGGAGAAGCCAGAUGUCGUUGUCGGGACCCCAAGCCGUCUCCUCGCCCACCUUCAGGCCCAGAACCUGACCCUGAUGGACAGCCUGGAGGUCCUGGUCGUUGACGAGGCCGACCUCAUCUUCUCCUUCGGCUAUGAGGCUGACCUCAAGGCACUCCUGCCAUUCCUGCCCAAGAUCUACCAGGCCUUCCUCAUGUCGGCAACACUGAGUGACGAGGUGGUGGCGCUGAAGAGGCUGGUGCUUCACAAUCCUAUCACGUUGAAACUGGAGGAAUCCCAGCUGCCAGAUAUGGAUCAACUGACUCAGUAUCAUGUCAAGUGCGGAGAGGAAGACAAGUUCCUUCUCUUGUACACCCUACUCAAGCUGCGUCUGGUCAGGGGAAAAACCAUCAUCUUUGUCAACGACAUCGAUAAAUCUUACAGAUUGAAAUUGUUCUUGGAGCAGUUCUCAAUAGCUGGCUGCGUGCUGAACUCGGAGCUGCCUGUCAACUCCAGAUGUCAUAUUGUGGAGCAGUUCAACGCUGGCCUGUAUGACAUCAUCAUCGCCUCUGAUGAGAGCUCUCUGGCCACGGGCAAGCGAGGACCGCGACAGAAAAAGUCAAAAUUUAAGAAAGGCAAGAGCAGAGAAUACGGUGUUUCUCGAGGGAUUGACUUCCAGAAUGUAGCUAACAUCAUUAACUUUGACUUUCCAACGACCAUCAAGUCCUACAUCCACAGAGUCGGCAGAACAGCCCGUGGUGAUACCAAAGGGACGGCUUUGUCAUUAGUCAAUGAUAAGGAGUUGGAAAUCCUUGCAGAUGUUGAAAAGUAUCUUGUUAAAGAGGAUGGCAGCCCUCUGAUCCGGCCCUACCAGUUCAAGAUGGCGGAGAUCGAGGGGUUCCGCUACCGCUGCAAGGACGCCAUGCGGGCGGUGACGCGCGUGGCCGUCCGCGAAGCCCGGGUCAAGGAGAUCAAGCAGGAGAUCUUUCACUCCAAGACGCUGCGGACGUACUUCGACGACAACCCGCGAGACAUGCAGUUGCUGCGGCACGACAGGGUGCUGCACCCGGCUAAGGUGCACUCGGACCUCCGACACGUGCCUGAGUACCUCGUGCCCAAGACGUUAAAAGGCGGAAUCUCGGGACCAACUUUCGGAGGUCCUGCCAAGAAGCGUAAACACAGGGGCCCAAGGGAAUCCAGAUUUGCCAAGAAAAAGAGGAGAAAUGCAGAGGACCCUCUGAAGAGCUUCAAGUUCAACAAAUCAUGAACAUCUAAGGUCGCACAUCUCUGUUUGGCUGAAGCCGAUGCUGUCCACGAGGUUAUAACUGCUUGGGACUCGCAUCACUGUCAUCCUACAAUUUAGUUGUCAACUUGCUUGGCAGCUUUCGAGUAUUGCUCAGUCCUCUUCAUUAUAAAUAAGUACGCACAGGACAACAGCUUGGACUUGAUAGUGACUUGAUUAUUGGAAGGUUCCACUGCGUGUGAAAUCAGGGAUCACAACUUAACAAAACGGAACGAACUCGCAGGUAUUUUAUUACAACUCUCUUUGCAACCGGGGGGGGGGUGUUCAGUGAGAUUCCUGCACACACACACAUGCGCAUUUCACACAAACGUAGAAAGUAUACCACGUGCCGAAAACCAUACCAGUUUUUGAGAGGGAGGGAUUUGAGACAUUCUUUGAGCUUGAGCCAACCACACUUUUGUCCUCAUUACUAAUCAAUAAAUUAUGUUUUAAUAUGG